AUGGCCUCCCUCCCCUCACAACAUCCGUCGCUGGCCCUCCACCUAACAGACCGCGCCCUCAACCCGAUCUUGACCUCGGCGCACUCCCAAUCCCAACUCGAGGCACUCACCUCCCUGACGACGACCUCUCUGACCGCUCAUGCCGCCGCGAACCGCUUCUCCCUCGGCCCCGCCCAGCGCAUCAUUGUCGAGCACGGCCCGGGCAGUCCCGUCGUCCUAGCCUCCUUCCUCAACGGCGCCGAUGCCCUGCCGAACUCGGGCGGAGAGAGCUCCGUCCCCUCAGCGUCAAAGUCCUCGUCGAGACCCGUAUCCUCGGGUGUCGCCGGCGCUGCCCCGAUAGCAGAGCCAUCUUCCGCAGCGGGGGCGUCAGCGAGAGCGAUACCUGAGACGGGCAAGCUAGGCGAAGAGCCAGAGAACGCGGCGCCGAUGCUGGUCGGCGUGGUGGUCGCGGCGACGGGUGAGGAGGCCAUGGAAGCGCGCCGCGCCGCGGGCAGACUCGAGAGGGUAGGCAGGGAGUUCCAACGAGAAUGGGUCGCCGAAGAAGGAACGGGCGACGCAGAUGGUCUCGGUCGUUGA